UUCAUCAACAAGGUAGUGCAUCUGGUGAUCUGCAAACUAAACCAAUGAGUCUGGAAUCUGAAUUGGAAGUUCUGAAUCUCAAGUCAAUCAUGAGGCAGAAGCUGGUGGAAGUUGAAGGAGUCCCUUUGUACAGCAAAACUGCAGAAAACUGGGACUCCAUAUGGAACUUUAAAGCCCAGCCAGAUGACCUUAUCAUUUGCACUUAUCCCAAAUCAGGGACCACUUGGAUACAAGAAAUUGUGGACAUGAUCCAGCAAGGUGGAGACCCACAGAAAUGUGCACGGGCCCCUAUUGAAAAACGGAUUCCCUUCUUAGAAUUUUUUCCUCCAAAACCAAGGUUGUUUGGCCUUGAACUGGCGGAAGCAAUGCCAUCUCCACGCUUGCUCAAAACUCAUCUUCCUGUCCAGCUUCUACCACCUUCUAUCUGGCAACACAAUUGCAAAAUCAUUUAUCUGGCCAGAAACAUCAAGGAUUGUGCAGUCUCCUACUUCCACUUUCACCUCAUGAACACUACUUUACCAGAACCUGGGAAUUGGGAUCAGUUUCUGGAAGAUUUCAUUGCUGGGAAUGUGAAUUGGGGGAGCUGGUUCGACCACGUUCAUGGUUGGUGGAACGCUAAGAGUGAUCACCCAGUUCUGUAUCUUUUUUAUGAAGACGUGAAAGAGGAUCCAGCUCAAGAAAUCUGCAAAAUUGCCCAAUUCCUGGGUUUAGAGCUUUCAGAACUAGUUGUAAACCAGAUUGUACAGCACACAGUCUUUGAAAGCAUGAAAGUGAAUCCAUUCGUGAAUUAUACCACUGUGCCUGCUUAUCUUAUGGACCAUACUAUCUCUUCCUUCAUGAGAAAAGGCAUUGUAGGAGACUGGAAGAAACACUUUACUGUGGCUCAAAGUGAACGGCUGGAUGGCAUCUGUGCCCAGGAAUUUAAAGGCAGCAGCCUGACCUUCCGCACACACCUGUAGGCACAUUUCAUUUCAGUGUGCCUCUCAGAAACUUUCACAAAACAUGCUUGGAGUAAUUGACUUCACCUCCACUGCUCCUUUCAUACUGUUCAGUGUGGAACUGCUAUGUUUUCUUCAUUCAACUUUUUAUAGUGUAUUCGCAUGACAGUCAUUUAAUCUGUGUAUGUGUGUGUGUUUUCUAAGCUGCUUCCUUCUUUUCCCUAUUUCAAGUUUGGUUUUGGGUUUUGUUUAAAGACCACAUAGUAAUAGUAGUGCAAUUUCCUCAGGCCAUUUUUGUAAACCAAGAACCAGAACAAAACAGAAAUUGUGCAACUACUCCAUAUUUUUAAACACAAUUUCUGUGGAAUUAAGAAAUGGUGGGAAAGCAUGGGAGAGUUAUAAGUGGAAGAUGACAACUUUGAUUUCUACUACACCACCUAUAAAACUCCAUGUAUUAUUACCCAAUACAUCUAUGUCAGGAAGCAUCCCCAGGUACAUGGAAUGAUCCAGCAAGUGAGAACUUGAGUUUAUAUCUCUGUACCUUGCUAAUAUUUUGUGCUAUGUGCUUGAAUAAACUAAUCUAGU